AUGCCACCACGAGCACGCGGUCAGCAGAGAGAUGCCGACACAAUUCGUAUCCUCGUCGCCACAGACAGUCAUGUCGGAUACAAUGAACGCGAUGCAGAGCGGAAAGACGACAGCUGGAAAACCUUUCAUGAGGUCAUGUGUCUAGCCAAGGAGCAUGAUGUCGACAUGGUGCUGCACGCCGGGGAUCUUUUCCAUGAGAACAAGCCUUCGAGAAAAUCCAUGUACCAGGUCAUGCGUUCCUUGCGUAUGAACUGUCUUGGAGAGAAGCCAUGCGAGUUGGAGAUGCUGAGCGAUGCGAGCGAGAACUUUGGCGGCAUGUUUGAUCAUGUCAAUUACGAGGAUGAAGACAUCAAUAUUGCAAUACCAGUCUUUGCCAUCCACGGAAAUCAUGACGACCCGUCAGGCGAGGGCUCAUUCUCUCCGCUUGAUUUGCUGCAGGCGUCUGGAUUUGUCAACUACUUUGGGCGCACCCCGGAAGUCGAUAAAAUCGCAGUCAAGCCAGUACUUCUCCAAAAGGGCGGUACUAAGCUGGCUCUCUAUGGUCUGAGCAACGUUCGCGACGAGCGCCUGUUCCACACUUGGAGGGACGGUAACGUCAAGUUCUUCCAGCCAGGUACACAAAAGGACGAGUGGUUCAAUCUCAUGAGCGUCCACCAGAAUCAUCAUGCCCAUACACCAACCAGCUACCUUCCCGAGAACUUUCUACCAGAAUUCAUGGAUCUUGUAGUUUGGGGCCACGAGCAUGAGUGUCUGAUAGAUCCCCGAUACAAUCCUGAAAUGGGCUUCCACGUCAUGCAACCCGGCUCGUCGGUGGCGACAUCGCUCAUGCCUGGAGAGGCUGUCCCCAAGCAUGUCUGCAUUCUAAGUGUCACGGGCAAGGAGUUUACUACCGAGAACAUUCGCUUGAAAACCGUUAGGCCAUUCAUCAUGAAAGAAAUAGUUCUCGCGGAAGAAAGAGAAAUUAAGCAAAAGGAGCUCUGGCGUGUCUCUGACAAUCGCGCUAAGAUCACUCAGCAUCUAAACAAGGUCAUCGAGGGUCUGAUCGAUGAAGCAAGGCGGGACUGGCUAGAGCUUCAAGUCGACAGAGAAGAGGGCGAUGACAUUGAAGUACCGCUACCACUCGUUCGGCUGCGAGUCGAGUACACGGCUCCUCCGCCGGGCGAGUUCCACUGCGAGAAUCCUCAACGUAUCUCAAACCGCUUCAUGGGUAGGGUAGCCAAUGUGAAUGACGUCGUACAGUUCCAUCGGAAGAAGAAGUCGGCGAACCGAUCGCUGAAGAUUACCACGGAGGAACCAGACGAGCAGAUGCUCGCUGAACUAACGAUUGAUUCAGUGAAGGUCGAUAGGCUCGUGAAAGAGUUUCUCACGGCCCAGACCUUGACAAUCCUGCCGCAAAAUUCGUUCGGAGACGCCGUUUCCCAGUUUGUAGACAAAGACGACAAACAUGCUAUGGAGACGUUCGUGAAAGAGAGUCUCAAAAACCAGUUGAAACAUUUGAUGGAGGCUAAUGAAGUUGAAGAGGAAGAGAUUGUCAAAGAGAUGGCAGAGUACCGCGAACAACUCGAGGACUUGUUUGCCUCAGGACAGCUCAAGAAGGUCCGGAAGUCUAAGACUAAACCUAAGCCGGAUAAUUGGGACAGCGAUUUUGAGGGUCACUGGGCUGACCAACCUGGCGCUCUCAUACGAUCUGACAACGAAGUAGAGAAGGACGACGACGAGAGUUUAGCUACGAUACCAACAAAGAAGGCUGCUCCACGCGGCCGUGGCAAAGCAGCUAGCACAACUUCACAAGCAGUUGCAGCUACGAAGAAGGCUGCACCAGCUGCUAGAGGCGGCCGGGGUAAAAAGAAGGUUGUAGAAGAGGAAGAAGAAGAUGAAGAGGAGGAAGACAACGACGUAAUCAUGGUUGAUGACGAUGACGAUGAAGAAGACAGCGGCGAAGACCUUUUUGUAGCAUCACAGAAGAAGGCCCCAGCAAAGAAAGCCGCCGCGAAAACAACAAAAGCACCUGCAAGGGCCAAGUCGCCGGCCAAGAAGACAACUACCGCGCGAACAAAGGCUGCUACAACACAAUCAAAGUUGAGCUUCUCUCAAACGCCGACUCAGCGUAGCCAGCCAACUCGGCCCACAACGUCGCGUAGUAAAAAAGUAGUACAAGAGCCCAGCGACGACGAGAUCGAAUCCGAUGAUGCCUUUGAGUCAGCGCCGCCACCGAGUACUCGUGCCACCCGUAGGAGAUAG